AUGCAAAGGACAUAUGGGCGUAAGAACUCACGCCGUGCACGACCAAACUCCCCACAUGUAGAGGCUGUGCUUUCACCACCGCGGAAACGACCCAGAAUCGAGGUCGAGAUCGUGCAGCCGCCGUCUAGUGCGUAUUUAUCACCACCAAAAGUAACUAGUCCUAUCCGAAGAAGUACGACGAUGCCUGAUGUGGGCUCAAUUUCGAGCACGCCGUCAAAAAUUCGUACGCCGACUAAGCCAGCUCGGGAUCUGAGCACGUUGUUCUCCGCUUCUCCGCAUCGGACGCCGAACUCACCUGGAAAGUCGCUCGGAGUGGUGAAACGUAUGCUGUCACGCUCGCGCACGGAGUCGUCCGUUGACCAUAAUACUGUCUGCUCAUUAACCCCAUCGUCUAACACACUUCCUGUCCAUUCUUCUCCACCGAAGAUAGCCUCCUCGCGUUCACCUUCCCCAACACAGAAUAAACCACUUCUGACAAAGCACACACGGACGUAUGCUGGGGCAUCACGUUCGUACCGUAUUGCGCUUCCGGCAGCUGAUCUCGCAGAGCCAGAUGACACGCGUGAAUCUUAUGCUGACUUGCGGUCUCGGUGGGGCGUCGACAACUCCGAGGAUGAUCCACGUCCUUUCGAAAAUGAUACUGGGACACUGAAGAGGAUCUCUACCGUGGGUUCGCGGGUGCUAGCGAAUGGGAUGAUGAAUGAUCUCAAGAGCAUCACGGAGUUGCGGAGCAAGGGCGAAAGCAGACGAUUUCUUGACGAGGUAGGGUAUCUAUUUGAAAGCAUAGAGAGUGGUUGUGCUAUUGCACUCCGCAGGGCCAGUGUCUUGGAAAUCGUCACUAAACUAUGUGACCCCGAAUUCAACCGCCGUGCGAAAACAUCUGAUUUUUAUGCUCGCACUUGGGAUGUGUUCCUCAAAGCCCGCGGAGACGGUCCAGACAAAAUUCUUGAUGCUACCCUUUCCUUCUUUGCGUUCCUUUCGACCCGCGAUCUCCAAACCCUUUCCGAACUUGCUCAUAAACCUGAACUCGUCCCCACUCUCCUCGAUAUCCUGCGCUCCCUCACUCCCACCUCCGACAUCAAGGGUGAUGGGCUCAAUCAGGGUCUGAAGAAAGACAUCCUUGCACUCGCCCUGUCGGGGGUAGAUGCAAUGGGGCUGAGAGCAUCGGGCAUCAUCAGGACAGACGUCGCGCCGCUCAAAGCCCUUGCAGAUGUGAUCGCGAAAUCAGGAGUGAUGAAGGAAACACAUGGGCUCUCCACCCGUACCCUGCUCAGCACUACACUAUCAUCCUUGCCGGCUUCCCUCCUUCCGCCUGCAUUGCAGACCCUCCCAUCAAUCCUCAACUCCCUCCGUGCAGAGCUUUUGCUUGUACCUCCACGCGUCAGUGCUUGGGAGAGGGGCCUGGAGCUGUUUCCCAGUUAUACAUGCUCGGAUAUAGGACUGGGGGAAAAUGGGAAUACAAAAAGAAAUGGAAAAGGAAAAGAAACACAUAAACCCUCAGAUCGCCCGAUAGAGAUCGCCACUCCCUCCCUCGCUCACAUCCACGCCUGUCUCCGCCUCGUAGACACCUACCUCUUGAAAGAGUGGAUGGGCCACGUUCCAUCACGCUCUGGCGUCGCAAGUGAUGGUUCACGUAGGAUUAGAGAACAAUCAGAAAUUUACCGUGCGCUGGCGGACCCGGUACUUACAGACGAACUCGUAGAGCUAUGCGUGGCCACUGAAAUUCUUGUACGAGAUUGUGUACGGGAUUUGAAUACAGUGAGCAAGGAAGAGGAUGCGGAGGAAAGUCAGGGUGAGCUUGGGAUGAAUGAGAAACUCAUGCUCCUUUCAACAGCACGCAAAACCUUAUUCUCGACCUUCCGUAUCCUUACGCUUCUCCCGUCUUCCACAUCCCCUUGCUCUCGUCCUUCGUCUCCAUACUCUCGCACGUCCCCGACAUAUUCAGAUAUUCAUCAUGAUCCCUGGACACCAAGCGACACAGCCCUAUCCCUGAUUACCCGUGUGGUGUUACGUGCACAAGCUGGAUGGGUCAGGAAUCUUGACGUUGAUGGGGUCAAGGGUGAACGGGAUGACGAGACGACGCAGGGGAAUGAACAACAUGCGAUAAAACCGGAGGAGCUGGAGGGUAUAGAUACCUCUUCCCCACCUUUACCCGGCUCCCGGCGUGAAUCUACACGUUCCCCUCAAAAACGGACACCGCUUCCUGUUUCUUCACCGUCCAAACUUGCACAUAAACCUUCAGUUACAAUCAAUGCGCCAAGUAAACUUGGCAGGCAGGGUAUGUUGCAUAGAAACGAUACGCCAAAUAAAGGUACCAGCACACCGAGCGAAGGAAAUGACACAGGUAAAGGGAAAAGCAAGGCCAUAUCAGUCCCGCCAUAUACCCUGACACGUGUUGAGUCUUUCGACUUGCUUUGCCUGGCGCUUGGGUUGCUUUUGAACUGGGCAUCUGGGGGCAUCGAAGGUGGAGGGAUGAGUGAGGGGAUGGGACGUAUUCCUCUCAAUCGCGCCUGCUCUGCCACCCGCAGCUGCUCGCAUAUCUGUUCAUGCCCUCCGUCUUCACAGGUACCGCUGCUCUCGUGUUUGGUGUCUGUGUAUCAGACAUUUGGCAGUUCUGUAUUUGUAUCAACUGAUUCUUCAUCGCGGACACAAAAAAUCGUGUCUGGCCACGAACGUAAAUUGACCAUGGGUGCCGGUCGGAAGCCGCCAUCUGCACGUCAGCAAGAUUCUCCCUCUGCGAGCCCUACCUGCCACUCCACCUCCUCUAGACGUAAAACUGCUUCCUCCCUACCCACAUUGAACACGUCCAGCAUGCCUCAAUCUCCCGAACUCACUUUCCUGGCAGGGUACACCGCUGUUCUUCUCGGUCUCCUCUGCACACCCACAGCUCCGCAUGAAAUCCGAGUACUAUCUACCAACCGAUCACUGGUAUUUGGUGAUAUCUUCAUCGAGACGCUCAUCAAAGAUGUGCGAGACUUUUUGGCUCUGUAUGACGAGCUCGAGGAAGAACUUAGUGACGAGGGUGAUAUUGUGGAUGUGGAUAUGAGUCCAGAUGUGGAGCGAGGGCGUAGCGGGGGACGAGGACAAGGUGGGGGAAAGGGAAGGGGUAAAGCGCUGGAGAAGAAGAGCGAAGAUGUAGCGCGUGGGGUACUGAGAGCGUUAGAGGCGCUACGAGACGAUGGACUAUGA